AUGGUUCGCGUUGUCGUGGCCGGAGGCACUGGAGGCAUGUCAAAUAAAUCCCCCAAAGAGAUUAUCACUGCAAUUAUUGAGUCUGGAAAGCACACUUUGACCGUGUGGACACGCUCUGCAAAUUCAUCAAAGCAUAACCUCCCAGGGGUGACGUAUGAGCAGGUGAACUACGAUGACAAAGAUGAUAUGGUGAAGAAGUUACAGGGUGUCCACUCUGUGCUAUGCUUCAUAUCGCAACCCACUGUACAGAUAGCGCUUGUCGACGCGUGCAUAGCUGCUGGUGUCAAACGUUAUGCGCCGAAUGAAUGGGCUGCGAGAAGCAAUAGUGGAUCAUUUGCCUAUCACGAGAAGGACCAAGUCCAUGAGUACCUGCAAGAGGUAAAUCGCAAGGAAAAGGUUCUUGAGUACUCUCUUUUCCAACCAGGUCUCUUCACCAACUAUCUCAGCGCCCCAAUUCAGUCCGCUAGCUACUGCCCCAUAUGGACCAACCAAUGGGACAUUGCCAAUCGCCGUGCCAUUGUGCCAGCAGAAAGAGAUUGGCAAUUGUCCACGACUACGAUCCAGGAUUUGGGCAAAGUCGUCGCGGAGGCAUUGGCAUACACUGGGGAAUGGCCGGAAAUCGGGGGUAUUACUGGAACGAAGACCUCGAGUUCCGAGAUCAUCAAGACAGCAGAGAAGAUCAGGGUUCUAACCCCUGAGCUUCCUCUAGGCCCUUUCAAGAUUGAUGAGGUUUCCACCGAAAACCUUCGAGCCGGAAAGCUUGGCGCUUCCUGGAAUCCUCUCCUGCCAGAGUUUGAGACGACAGAUCCAAAUUAUGAUAGAGUCAAGUAUUCGGAAUAUGUGGUUGCCCAGAUUAUUUUGGGGGGCCUUGAUGGAGCGUGGUCAACCUCGGACGAGUGGAACAAGCUUCUUCCCCACCUGAAGCUCACAACAGUCGAGGAAUUCCUUUUGAGGUACUGGGGCGACAAGAAAUAA